UGACUCUUUAAAACCUCACGCUUCAUGUGUCUGCAGGGACAGUUGAGCUGUGAUCGUCCACCUUGUGUUUGGAACAAGAAGCAGCUCCUCACUGACUCUGAAUUUCACUGAAAGCUGCAGAAAAGACUGUCCAGGCUCCUUGGACCCUCCUGGAAAAGUGUUUUUAUCUUCAUAUGCCUGCUGGUCCAGCCUGAAGAUGGACAAGUACGAGAAGAUAGGAAAGAUCGGAGAGGGCUCCUACGGUGUUGUCUUCAAGUGCAGAAACAAAGACACAGGGCAGGUUGUCGCCAUCAAGAAGUUUGUGGAGUCAGAGGACGAUCCCAUCAUCAAGAAGAUUGCACUGAGGGAGAUCAGGAUGCUCAAGCAACUGAAACACGCCAACCUGGUGAAUCUGAUGGAAGUGUUUCGGCGUAAACGGAAGCUUCACCUCGUCUUCGAGUACUGCGACCACACGGUCCUCAACGAGCUGGACCGCCAUCCCAGAGGAGUUCCAGAGAACCUUGUGAAAAGCAUAACCUGGCAGACACUUCAAGCUGUCAACUUCUGUCACAAACAAAAUUGCAUUCACCGAGACGUCAAGCCGGAAAAUAUUCUCAUCACCAAACACCAAGUCAUCAAACUCUGUGACUUUGGGUUCGCAAGGAUUCUCACUGGUCCAUGCGACUACUACACAGACUACGUGGCGACUCGUUGGUACCGCUCCCCUGAGCUGCUGGUGGGAGACACUCAGUACGGCCCUCCGGUGGACGUCUGGGCCAUCGGAUGUGUGUUCGCCGAGCUGCUGUCGGGGAUCCCUCUGUGGCCCGGGAAGUCUGACAUGGACCAACUGUACCUGAUCAGAAAGACUCUCGGAGACCUGAUCCCUCGACACCAGCAGGUCUUCAGCAACAACCAGUUCUUCGGUGGAGUUUCCAUCCCAGAGCCACAAGAGAUGGAACCUUUGGAGCAGAAAUACCCAACUCUCUCACAUCAAGCUCUGAGUCUCAUGAAGGGUUGCCUAAGGAUGGACCCGUCCGAGCGGCUGACCUGUGAGCAGCUCCUCCAACAUCCGUACUUCGACAGCCUGCGGGGAAAGAGCGAGAGAAGCUCUCGAGAGCACGACCGCUCCAGCAACAAGAGGACGCGGUUACCUCGCAAACACCUUCCUCCCGGGUAUUUGCCACAGCUGACCAGCAGUGGCAUCUUCCCAGCUUUGGACAAUAAAAAGUACUACAGCAACCUGCGCAAGUUCAACUAUCACCUACCGAACAUCUGAGCACGAGACCAUCAACAAGCAGCAUUUUCUGAAACCUCAGAAAAUGAAGCAGAUUCUGGUAGCACCUUGUUUUUGUUUUUGUUUUUUUUAAACGAAGACUCAACCGCUUUUCUAAAGAUUUUGUUUAUCACGUGGGGUGUGUCGGGUGUCUCUUGAUACUGAUGUCAGUCUAUGCACUAUUCCCCAACAUGUUUGGUCUAUGUAUGUUGCCUACGUUUCAAUUGAUCAAACCAUUCACAUUGAUUCAAACGAUUGUUGUAUUUUGUAAAGACGAGGAGCAGUCCGUUGCUCUGCUCGUAGUCGCCGAGUAGACUGAAGGUAAAACUCCGACGUACUGCCUUGCCAAAUGUAUUUUUUAUAAAACGACAGACUCUUUUUUAAAAAGAGUGACCUGUUUUUGGGUAGCGAGUUUUAUGAUGUAGGACACAAACUUUGACUCGUGAGCAUUUCUGAAACUAUUUAUUGACGUCAGGAGUGAAUAUUCCUUUAACCCACACAUUUACUAGCAUUAAAAGCAGUAACUAUACACACAUUGUACUCAUUACCUGUUGAACUUUGGUGCUAAUGAUGUUCACAGCCAUCUGGCUGUCCUCAGAUAUUGUACAAAUGCCAAAUUAAUCUAAAGAGAAAUGAUUUUAAGACUCUUGAAUGACUCCCAAAUUGUUUCUCUCUUUGUACCCACAUAUGGAGUAACCUUUAUUACCUUGAAUGUUGAGAAUAUAAUAAAGAAUAGUUCAAUCUAUCAAGUGUCAACAAUAUAAAGUGCUUUAACGUU